CCGUGAUGGGUUGAUGCUUGCGAGUCGUUUUGAGUGAUUUGAGGAGUGAGCAACGUGGAAGGCGAGACAGGAAGGCCCUGUUGCGGAGCUUUGAGUGAGCUUGCAUGGUUUGCGAGACAGUGAGUGAGGGAGUGAUGAGCUCAUGGUUUUGUUUUUUGCUAUUGACAAAGGCAAAGUUUCUUUGCAAUCUCUGCGAGCGUCUUAUCCAGGCAGACGCACGAGUCUGUUUGGUUUCGGCCUUCGUUUUUAUCGUUUAAAUGUAUAUUUAGUUUGGCUAUUUUUGAGGGUCCAACUGUGAUGAAAUGCGACUUAAUUUUAGAUUACGAAGGCUUGUUCAGGAGUGAUGCAUAGCAGCGAUGGUGGUCUGUCAUCCGUUGACGUUAUGGGUUGUCCAGGGAGAAAUUUUUCUUUGGCUAUAGAGGGCGAUCGACGCAGACCGUGAUUUGUACACUAAAGAGAGACAGACAAAAAACGAGGAACGUUGUGUGAAUAAGAGACCUGCGGAAAGUAUACUAGCGAGAUUAUUCUUGUUCAUCGUUGCGGUUUUCUCUGGAAAUGAUUUCGGAGGGAAAACCUGCUGCUGUGAUUGCGGAGGAUCCGCCGGCGAGAGCAGACGAUGAGGGCGAUGGUGCGUCAAAGGGUUUAGGGGUAAAAGAAGCAGGUGCUGUGGUGUCUCCCUCAGAGAAAACGGCAGUGCCAAUGCGUGUUAGUGGAACACCUAAUGGGCAUGCGGAGGAUACCAGUGCUGGUAGGCAUGAGAGGAAUGGGAGCAUGACGGGAGCUUUUCUAGCCGCUUCUGGUUAUUCUCCGUCAUUUGCAUCUCUGGGCGACACAAACUCCCUGGAAAGCCACCAUGCCCCGAAAUAUUCCGACACUUUCGAAGGAUUCGAGCCCCCGAGGUUGUCGCAACCCUUGGAGGUACAGGAAACACCCAAGGUUACUCGACCGGAAGGAUUGAACUUCACAACUCCAGCAGCUCGUAUGAUUAUUCCGGAAGAUUUCAAGACUCCUCAGGCUUCCGGUGCAGGUUUCACUCAAUCUUCUGACGCCGGUACAAGUAGUUUAGAUACUCCGGUUGAAAGCCAUGGAGAUGGAGAGGAUCAAGAACCGGAAUCUUACAUCUCUCCUGUUGCUAAUCUUGUCGAGAAACAUCCUGCUGCUGGGGUUUCACCCGUAUCUCCUUGUACUCCGCCGGAUUUAGUAUCUGCUUUGGGCAGUGUGGAUUCCUUCUCAUUCAGUGGACCACCUCAAACGCCUGAAUCUCCUGAAGUGUCACAUCAACCUUACGUUGCUCCUAAGAAGAUUCCGGGGCAUGAAUUGUUAGGCCCAUUCAUGGCAAUGAGCAAGCCAUCUGCUCCUUCAGUGUCACCAGAGGGGUCACACGAGGUGGAUGCUGUUAGUUCUCCAGCAGUUGACGAUUCUCGUAGCUAUGAUGAUGCGGUCCCCCCACUGGAGAUCCAUAAAGAGCCUGAUUCAGUUUUGGUGCAACCCAAACCUGAUGCUGCCGAAACUACUCAGCCUACAACUCUUGUAACUCCUCCUUCAGAAGAACCAAAUGUGUCUGUUCCACCAUUGGAAAAUUUGGAAGCAGCUGAAACACAUCCGUCCAUUGCCCACACUGACGGUUAUUGGACUGCUGAAGAUGCAUCAACGACUGGGAAUUCCGUUGACGCAAGUACUGUGUCAAUCAGUGGUGAAGGAAUAAGCGAAGAAGUUGUGGAAAAAUCUGUAGGACCUGCACCGACCAUGGUCGACGGGAAGGAAGAGAAUAGUACAAUGCCGCGGCCUCAGAGUGUGAGUGGACCAGAAAGUUUUGCAUUCCGUAAUGUCGAGGCAGAGAAGGUGGAGUCGGUUUCUGCUACUACGACUCAGAAACCAGGGCUGUUAAUGAAAAAGGCCAGCACAAUAUUUACCAAACAGGGGCGUAACCUGACUGACAAAGAUCUCAAGAUGACGGUGGUUAUACCAGAGUAUUUAAGCAAGGAUAUGGCUAUAGCAGUUGAAACAGAAGGUGCCGCGACUCCUGAAAGCCCUCCUUCUGGUGAAAAGAUAGUUGCACCUACCUGUCCAGUUCUAGUUUUCAUUAACUCAAAAAGCGGAGGUCGACUAGGCGAUCAGCUCAUGGAACACUUCAAAGAUCUCAUCAGUCCCCACCAGCUCUACGAUCUAUCACAACACUCGCCGAUAGCUAUUCUCCGAUAUGGAGUUGGUCACUUGGACAAAAUGGCUCAAUCUGGAGACGAGUGCGCCCGCAAAACGCGAGAAAAUCUUCGCAUUCUUGUGGCAGGAGGGGAUGGGACAGUUGGAUGGUGCCUCUCUAGUGUAGGAGCGCUUCAAGAGAUUUCUUCAUUUGACAAUGUUCCUCCUGUAGCGAUUAUUCCACUUGGCACAGGAAAUGACCUUUCCCGAAGUUUUGGCUGGGGAGGAGAAUUUAGUUCGACGAGGAAAUCAGCACUGAAAAAUUGCUUGGUGAAGGCAUUAGAUGCCCAUGUUGCAUCUCUUGAUGCCUGGAAAGCAGUAGUCAUGCCUGCCAAAUCCGUUGCUGCACACGAUAUCGAGUUUCCACAUGCACUGCAUCCCCAGCACCACGUUCCAUUGCCUUCAUCGGUGUCUGGUGAAAAGCAUGAUAAAGAUGAAACAGCUCCUGCGUUUGAGGGGUUGUUUUUCAAUUAUUUUAGUGUCGGAAUGGAUGCGCAAGUGGCAUAUGACUUUCACCAUCUGCGGGAUGAAAAACCCUGGCUCGCUCGCACUCGUGCAGCCAAUAAACUUAUCUACUCCGGUUUCGGUUGCACGCAAGGUUGGUUCUGCACUGCUUGUUCAACGGAUUCUGGUGCCAGUGGCCUGUCAAGUAUUUUGAAGUUGUCUGGGAGAAAGAGGGGCGCCAGCUCCGGAGAUUGGCAGGAGAUUCAUCUUCCUAGCAAUAUUCGAGCAAUUGUAAUUUGUAAUAUACAAAGCUACGCGGGCGGACGAAUCCCGUGGGGAAAACCCUCUGCAGAAAUAAGACAAAAGGAGGGUUUGGAGGAACAAAGGUGUGAUGAUGGUUUGCUGGAAGUCAUGGGAUUGAAGGAUGGUUGGCACUCAGCUUUUAUGCUCCUUAAAAUUAGCACUGCUGUUCGUCUUCUUCAAGCUGAGGCAGUCAAACUCGAGUUCAGAGGGACCACACGACGUAAUGCUUAUUUUCAAAUGGAUGGAGAGCCGUGGAUGCAACCAAUGGGUGAUCCCAAUGAUGACCCCUCCGUUGUCAUGAUUGAGAAGCUUCCUUCUCCUUCUUUGCUGCUAAAAAGAAAAUAAGAUGAAUUGUUUCUUAGGUAGCGUCUAGCGUGUUUUUGUGCUUGUAAUCCCUAAAACUUGUGGAAAAUAGAUGUGGAACUCAAGGCAUUACUGGUGUGUAAACAUACUCAAGCAUGAGCUCGUCUGGUAGGGCUCCUUGCUUGCUAUUAUUUUCAUUGGGUUCCUUGCCUGAUGUUUAUUCUUGUCCGUUCUGAUUAAUGAAUUUCGAGGUUUCGAAUAUACAGAGGUAUUCUCAA